AUGUCGACUGCUGCGAGCUCGAGGGCGCCCUCCAUACCUGCGAACCACUCUCACGCCGAGUCUGCCUACACGAAUGGCCAUCAUCACCAUCACCAUGACGCUAUGUCGGGAGGAGCGAAGAAAGGGGGAAAGAAGAAAGCGACGGACCCAAAUGAAGCAUCAAAUCUGAUCGCCGCAAAGAUUUCGCAGCUGGAGUCCGAUGCGGCUGGAGACAAGGAACAGGAGGCAGAAAUCGAGCGAGAAUUGAAGAAGUACAACCGGGAACUGAAUAACCUUACCUCGAAAACGGACGAUUUGCAGAAAAUUGACGUUCUACACAAACGAGUGAGCGAUUUGUUCACUUCUAUGAAGAGGUUGGAACGAGAUAAUCAGAAGAACAAGAAGAGGGGCGACCAGCUGCAAAAGGAAAGGGACCAUGCCAGAGCCGAUUUGAGCAAGACCACCACCUUGAAGGAAAAACUGGAGAAGCUAUGCAGGGAAUUGCAGAGGGAGAACAACCGUCUCAAGGCCGAGAACAAGACAAUGCAAGAUGCAGAAAAAGAGAAUCAUGCGGCCUGGGAUGAGAAGUUCAAACAAGUUUUAUGGCAACUUCAGGAGUACCAAGAGGCGAAGGAUUAUCCCCAGGCGCAGGUUGUCAAUAUCGAAGUUGAAGAACUGUUCAAGCAACGCUUCAAAUCGUUGAUCGAUCAGUAUGAACUUCGAGAACUGCAUUUCCACUCUCUUCUACGAUCAAAAGAACUCGAGGUCCAGUACAACAUGGCAAGAUUUGACCGAGAAAGAAAGUUGGCCGAGGCGGAAGUAUCGAGGUCUCGGACUCUGAAUUCACAAGUUCUUACGUUUUCCAAGACGGAGACCGAGCUGCGGAGUCAGCUCAAUAUAUAUGUGGAGAAAUUCAAGCAGGUGGAGGACACGCUCAAUAACAGCAAUGAUCUAUUUUUAACUUUCCGUAAAGAGAUGGAGGAGAUGUCAAAAAAGACGAAACGCCUUGAAAAGGAUAACAUGACCUUGACGAGGAAGCAUGAUCUAACCAAUCAAAAUAUCCUUAAGAUGGCUGAAGAAAGAUCAAAGACGAAUAUGGAGAUGGACUCGUUAAGGAAGAAGAACGAGAAGCUGACAAGUAUCAUCAACCAGAUGCAAAAGCAAGGGAGAGGGGUAGCUGGUGGGAUGGCAGCAAUGGCGGAAGGUAGUACCGAGGGAGAGUAUAUCGAAGGCGACAUGGAAAACACCGAAAGCGACUACGACUACGAAGAUGAGGAAGGUGAUGAUGGUGAUGGAGAAGAGGAAGAAGGGGAUGAAGGCAGUGACGGUGACUAUAAUGAGGAUACUGAGGAAGAGAUUGUGCAUCUCGAGGGACCAAAGACCUUUGGACCACUCCCCCCACCAACCCUCACUGCUGCAACAAACGGGCUUGUUGCAGCUGCUGCGAAUGGCAUUAAGCACUAA